AACAACUUGAAAAGAAAUCCGGUAGGUUGGAUAGAGUAGAAAUGAGUUCACCACGGAGUAUCCAUUCGGGUGGCGAUCAUGCUGCAAGCAGAAGAAAGUCCAUUGCCAAAUUGACAAGAUCGCCAUUAUCGGCAUCACCACAUAUGUCCAACUCCCCCAACAGAUUUGGGAGUAAAUCCAACUCAUUUUCGAUGAAUGCACCAUUUCUCAAGAAAUCCUUGGGGAGCAAGUAUGAUGAUGACGCUUUGGAAACUGAAUCGUCGCAUGAAUCAACAAAAGGUGGUCAAAAUCUGAUUGGUUUCCAUACUGAUGAAGAAGGAGAUACUGAUUUUGCUUCGGGGAUUGACGAUCCAAAGAUGUUGGAGCAGAUCAAUAAGCAUUUACAAAAUGAUUCGGGGAAGAAUCCUCUCGAAGUUGAAGGAGGAGAUAUUACCAGGGACUUAUACCGUUUGGGUAAUGAGUCUAUGAAACCAGUUAAAAGAUCUCGCAGCUUAUCAUCUUCUGAUUGGGAAAGAUCUAGCAGAAGAGGAUCAUUUGCCAGCUCUUUGAAUGUUCCUGGAGGUUUCCGUAGAGAAUUUAUUGUGAAUAAUAAUGGUAAUAACUUUCAGACCAAAAAUCCAAAUUUUUUAACUAAAAAUUUUGUUGAAUUUCUUAGUAUUUAUGGCCAUUUUGCUGGUGAAAACUUAGAAGAUGAUGACUACAUUGCUUGCCAUUAUAAGGAUUAUGUAACUGACAUAGUUGAUGAAGAGUCCCCCUUAUUAGGGUCGAAUAAGGAUACUAAGAACCCAAGAGGGACUGCCAGUGAUGCAAAGGCCUUCUUCUUAUUAUUGAAAGCUUUUAUUGGUACUGGGGUUCUUUUCUUACCAAAAGCUUUUUCUAAUGGUGGGCUAUUAUUCUCAACGGGUGUUUUAGCAUUUUUCGGUCUUUUAUCUUUCUGGUGCUAUCUUAUUUUAGUUUAUGCUAAGAUUGCAACUAAAGUAUCUGGUUUUGGUGAAAUUGGUUUGAAAUUAUAUGGUAAAAACUUCCAAAGAUUGAUUUUAUUUUCAAUUGUCAUCUCUCAAAUUGGAUUUGUUGCAGCUUAUAUAAUUUUCACUGCUGAAAAUUUAAGGGCUUUUUCAAACCUUGAUUACCAUAUUUUCUGGUUUAUUUUAUUUCAAGUAAUAAUAUUAGUACCAUUAUCUUUAAUUAGAGAUAUUACAAAACUUUCAAUUGCUGCAUUAUUAGCAAAUAUUUUCAUUUUUGUCGGUUUAUUAACCAUUAUUUAUUUCACAUUAGAUCAACUUAUUUUCAAAGAUAAAUUUCAAUUAGGUAAUAAUGUUGAGUUUAUAUUUAAUCAAUCAGGAUUUUCAUUAUUUAUUGGGGUUGCAAUUUUCGCUUUCGAAGGAAUUGGGCUUAUCAUACCAAUUCAAGAAUCAAUGAUUUAUCCAUUACAUUUUCCCAAAGUUUUAUUCAAAGUAAUUGCCACUAUUUCAUUUAUUUUCAUUUUAAUUGGUGCUCUUGGUUAUAUCACUUUUGGUGAAGAUAUUCAAACAGUUAUUAUCUUGAACUUACCCCAUGAAUCUCCUUUUAUUAUGAUGAUUCAAAUCCUUUACGCAUUUGCAAUUUUAUUAUCUACCCCAAUUCAAUUAUUCCCAGCAAUCAGAUUGAUUGAGCAAAAAUUAUUCCCACCUUCUAAAAGUGGUAAACGGUCAUUGGUUGUUAAAUGGUUGAAAAAUUUAGGAAGAUGUUUUUUCGUUUUAAUGACUGCAAGUAUUGCUCUCGUUGGUGGUCAAAAUUUAGAUAAGUUUGUUUCCUUUGUUGGAUGUUUUGCAUGUAUCCCCUUGGUUUAUAUGUAUCCACCAAUCUUACAUUUGAAAAGUUGUUGUAAUUAUUCAAAUGAUACUGACUCUAAUGAAAUUAGAAAGAAAUAUUACUUGGGAUUAUUGGAUUAUUUCUUAGUUUUCAUUGGGUCAAUUGCGUUUUGCUAUACUACUUAUCAAAUUUUAUGUACUUAA